AUGUGCAAUUCGUGCUGUGGACCGUGUAGCGAGGCGCGACCGAUUGGCACCAGCCCAGGCAAAAAGCAAGUCAAAGCGCACGCCACCAGCACGCCGGAAAUGGUCGGCGCGGCAAACGAAUGUAACAGGGCCGCACUGAAUGCACCCCGUCUCCGCGCCUCGUCACACUUCAAUGAGCCCACGUACCCCUCCGCGUGCCCUCCCGCACGUGCACGUGAUAAGCACUCGGCCCCCCGGGCCGAGAAACACGAUCAAGAACCAGCCCACGGACUCCGAGAAGAGGACGGCGACGCGCUGCACUUGGAAGAGAGAGAGAGAGAGAGAGAGAGAGAGAGAGAGAGAGAGAGAGAGAACAAGAGAGAGCGAGAGAUAGCGAGAGAGCGAAUGAGAGCUAGAGUGAGCGAGAGAGAAGAGAGCGAGAGAGAGCAAGAGCGCGAGAGUAAGCGAGAAGAGCGAGAUAGAGCGAGAAAGAGCGAGAGAGAGCGAGAUAGAGAGAGAUGGCACUACUACAAGACUGCGGCCAUUUUCGCGCGACUAGCUGUCCGGGUAACACCGGUUCGAUGGCUGAGUAGGUCACGUGGGCCUCGCCUAUAUAACAGAGUGUACAAGCGCAUGGGAGAACUCGUGCGUCGUGCACAAAAACUUGGCGCCCGAACGGUGCAUAUCGAAGCCAGGCUCGCGAGGCUCCUUGCGGUGACUGCGGUCACGGGGGAGCGAUGCUCGUGUGCGUGCUCCGAGGUGAAAGAGUGGUUGAGUGCCACGAUUCACUGCGAUUCUCAAUCCGAUAAGCAUCGCUCCUGCGAUCGAGGCAAACGCAAGCCGUUGGUGCGCCAGAACGGGACUUUGUCUGCCCCGAGCGUGACAUCCGGUCAAUCGGAAGCUAGGCUUGAGUGGCGGUAA